AUAGAAUAUAACCACUAAUGAGCAAAAUGAGAAACCUAGUAGAAGAAAAGUUCCUAGAGUUCUAUGAGAGUUGGGUUAUUCAACUUGAGCUAUAUCUUCAUCAACUUUUAAUUGCUCAUAACAAUAACACUAUGAGUGAGACCGAGCUUCGACAUUUGAUCUCGAAGCUAACUACACAUCACAAAGCUUAUUAUACAGCCAAAUGGGCAGCCAUAAGAGAAGAUGUCUUAGCUUUUUUCGGAUCAGUUUGGUUAAACCCGUUAGAGAAUGCUUGCUCUUGGUUAACCGGAUGGAAACCGUCGAUGGUGUUUCGGAUGGUUGAUAGGCUGAGGAAGUCGAGAGUGGUGCUUGUGGAGGCUCAGGUGAAGAAAUUGGAGGAGCUGAGAGUUAAGACCAAGUUCGAUGAGCAAAAAAUUGAGAGAGAGAUGGAGCGGUAUCAGGUGGCUAUGGCUGAUCGGAAAAUGGUAGAGCUGGCGAGGCUUGGAUGUCACGUCGGAGGAGAAUCGGUGAUGGUGGUGGAGGCAGCGGUGAGAGGAUUAUCGAUGGGUCUUGAGAAAAUGGUGAAGGCUGCGGAUUGUGUGCGGCUGAAAACGCUUAAAGGUAUAUUAGACAUUUUAACUCCACCGCAAUGCGUUGAGUUUUUGGCAGCGGCGGCUACGUUUCAGGUUCAGUUACGUCGGUGGGGAAACCGAAGACAUUAUGUCACUCACUCCUGACACAAACUUAAGAGUUAUUUUCUCUGUUCUGUUUUUUUUUUUUUUCAUAUUACAAUAAGAAUGAAAUUUUUAAC